AUGUCAAUGAAAGAUUUCUCUGAUAUUUGUGACAAUCAGAAUGAAGGAGCUAUGGAAAUGGAGUGGAAUCCUAAUGCUGUUCGCACAGCUGAUACUGCCGUUGAAAGUAGCUUGAUGGCUCAGACCAAUCUCUCCGAUUCACCAGAACAUGAAUCUUGUGAUGCUAAUGACCCCGCACGACCUUCAGGAGUUAUUGAUUAUAUGUUCGAUGAUAUUGAAGAUCCGCGGGCCAUUGACUUGAAGAAGGAACGCCGACUCUUAAGCGAUCCCGUCAUAAUACGUUGCUUACCCUGGAGAAUAUUGUUGGUAUUUUCUCCCGAACGAACUACAAUGGGAUUGUUUCUGCAAUGCAACGAUAACAGUCCAUCUCACAAUUGGACCUGCACUGCUCGUGCCAAGUUAGAGUGUAUUUCACAUACCAAGCCUUCAAUCCGUAAAACUUUUACCAUUCGCCAUACAUUUGCUGCAAAGGAAAACGAUUGGGGUUAUCAGACUUUCCUCCCUUACGACGACCUAUUCAAUUCCGAUAAAGGCUAUGUGGUGAACAAGAGACUCCAUGCUCGUGUUGAAGUUGAUGCUGAUGCUCCCCAUGGAACUGAUUGGGACUCGAAAAAGUAUACUGGCUUUGUUGGUUUAAAAAAUCAAGGGGCUACUUGUUAUUUAAAUUCAGUUCUUCAGGCUCUCUAUUGCACAAAUUCCCUACGAAAAGCGGUUUUCCAGAUGCCCACCGAAAGCGACGAAAUAUCUACCAGUGUUCCGCUUGCCCUGCAGCGUACUUUCUACGAUCUUCAGUGCUCGGAAAGAGCAGUUGAAACCGAAAAACUUACUCGGAGUUUUGGUUGGACUACUUUGGACUCUUUCAUGCAACACGAUGCUCAGGAACUCACUCGUGUUCUCUUGGAUAAUAUGGAAAGCAAAAUGAAGGGCACUGCUGUUGAACGCAUUAUUCCCACAUUGUUUUGUGGUAAAAUGGUCUCUUACGUCCGUUGUAAAAAUGUUGUUUAUGAGUCGAAGCGGGAAGAGGAGUUUUAUGAUAUUCAAUUGAAAGUGAAAGGUAAUAAAGACGUUUACGCUGCCUUCGAUGAGUACGUCCAAGUUGAAACCCUCGAUGGUGUCAACAAAUAUGACGCUGGAAGUCACGGUCUGCAAGAUGCUGAAAAGGGUAUUAAGUUUCUUCGCUUCCCUCCUGUUCUCUACUUGCAGCUUAUGCGAUUCCAGUUUGAUUUUCAUUCGAACACUAACGUAAAAAUCAAUGAUAAAUUUGAAUUCCCUUACGAUUUGGAUUUGAGUGAUUACCUCGUGGAAAAUAAUGAUCAACAGACCAAUGGUUUGCCAAGAUACACCAAGUACUUCCUUCAAGCAGUCUUAGUGCAUUCUGGAGAUAAUCAUGGAGGUCAUUAUGUAGUAUACAUCAACCCUCGUGGAGAUAACAAGUGGUACCAAUUUGAUGACGAUGUUGUGUGCAGCUGUAGACCUAAAGAUGCUAUUGAAGCAAAUUAUGGAAAUGGUAAUGAGCCCGAUAAUCGCGCCUUCACGAACGCCUACAUGUUGGUGUACAUUGCUUGUGAAGCUAGGGAGGAAGUGCUUUCUCCGGUGACUGAUGACAUGAUCCCCUUCAGUCUCACCAGUCGAUUUUGCGAAGAACGUAAUGUGGAAGAAAAGGAGCGUAUUGCCAAGGAUCAUGCUCAUGAAUUCGCUACCAUCAACCUUCUCUUCGAAGAGGAUUUUCACGGUUUUGAGGAUACCGAGUUGUUUCGAAUCAAUGAUGUUCCUGUUAGGUCACUAAAAAUCAAACGCCAAGAGGUAACUGAGGCCAAAUUGACCGAAUCCAUAGGGGAAUUUCUCAAGUGUUCACCUCACGAGUUUCAAUUAUGGCGAGUUAUUUACACGAAGGCAGGAAACAUUGAGUUUAGUCGUAAACUAACAACGAAUCUUCCCUCUGAGAAUGUAUUAACUCUCUGGAUUCAACAGCGCAGCCGGGCCAUUUUCACCGGCUCUCCUGUAGCUGAUUGUUAUCUUUGUUUCUUUAAGUACUUCGACCCCAGCAUCUGCACUCUAUGUUAUUGUGGAUUUGCUGAGUUGCCGGUUUCCAGCAAUAUUGAAGGUCUGCCUGAACUUCUCAAUGGACGUGUUAGUCUGCCUCCCAAUACACCACUUGCUUUCUACAGGAAAGACGUCACGUCAACACUUCGGCGUGUUGAGUUGGCUAAUAUCUUACGAAAGCCUAAACAUGGCGAGGUUAUCUACUUUCAUAUUGAUGCAAAUCAACCAAUGGACGUUGAAGUGAACCCUAUCUCACCCCAUACAUGUAUGGAUCCGAUUGCUGAAAGUAAUCACUCAAAUCUUGAUGACAUCCCCAAUAUGAGUCUUCAACUUCGCAAAAUGGCCAUCAAUGUUGACCAACUGGAUGAAUCCCAAGAAGCGCUCCCUGUUGCUGAGGCCUUUAAUCAAUACUUUGACUCGUGCUCGAUGUUGGUUGACAUCUUGUUGGUGGACAAACUGCGCAAGUCUGAUCCUGGUAUUUUGAUUCGCGUUUCACCAGAACUCUCCUACUGGGAGUUUGCCAAGUUGGCCUCCUGCUACCUUACAGGGGAUCCAAGUUAUCUCCGCUUCUUUGUUCCUCAUUCAUCUUCCACAACUAAUAUAGCCCUUGCGAAUAAGGGUUCUAAUGUUGCUGCUCAAGAUCUCCAUGUAUCAUCUAAUACCCCCGUUGGCCCUGAAACGGGCAAUGGAAAUAAUUACUCACCUAACGGUGCCGCUUCACUCAUUUCCGAACAGUCUCGUGCUGCUAAGGCCUCCGGCUUCAAUGAAGCUUCGGCAAGUCUGGUUGGAGCUUUGGCCAACGCAGCAUACCAGGGCCUAGUUCGUGAACCGCCCGGUCCUCCAGUGCUCUCAACUUCUGAGGGUCAACUUCGUCACUUCCUUCAACUCCCUCAAACCUGCGCUUCUAUCACUUUCCAACCACCCAAUCAGUCUAGUGUAACCGCUUCUCAGCAAGACCGGCCCCCAUUGGGUGUCUCCAAAUACACCAGCUAUCCUCGCAUCACACCCUCUCCAUUUAGCGCUAAUAAUCUCCAUGUCCCAGCCCCACGUCGUGUUUAUUAUGCUCACACAGUUCUCCCAGUUGCUCAACUGGAGUCACUAAAGCAAAUUCAAGUGGCGUUUUUCGGUCAGAAGCUCUCUGAACGUCAAGACCUGGUGCUGGGUGUAUGUGGGGAUGGUACUGUCGCCGAUAUUCUCACAGAAGUAAGAUCUCAUGCUUCUCUUCCUGGAUCAAAGAAGCUACGUCUAAUGGAAAUUCGACGCAAUCGAAUCGAACAGAUAUUUCCUGAAUUUUACCCGCUGGAGAAAAUUGAUGAGUCCAUAAUAGAGCUGCAAUGUGAUGUUAAUGACAAUAUCCGAUCGGGGUUGAGGGUAGAGGAGGUGCCUAAAGAAGAGGAAAAUUUGGAGCAGGGAGACCUGGUGAUUAACGCAGCUCACUUCAAUAGGACCUCAGAGGAUACAUUUGGUGUGCCAUUUACAGUUAGACUUCGAAACGGUGAACCCUAUAGCGAUGUCAAGAAGCGUAUUCGGGAGAAAUUGGAUGUGGGGAAUGACAAGGAAUUCGACGCCUGGAAUUUUGUCCUUGUCACAAAGUCCAAAUGUAUUGCUAUCCCUAAUAAGGAUGAUGUUGUGGUUGAUACUGAAAUUCUCACCAAAGAAAACUUUAGACCUUGGCUUGGUGUGGGGCACAAACCACCGAAACGACCUCGUGUCCACAGCGAUGGAAUUAAUGAUGAACAGGUGGAGAUUGAAAGGGCCGUAUUCAAAGAACCCAAAGUCCCGGAAGACACACUAUUGGCUUUGUUUUUCUCAUCGCCUUCUGAUAUGAAAAAAUUGGUUCUUUCGUCUGCUAGAAAAGAAAAAGUUGAUGUUGAACUCGGCAAAUAUGAUGGAAAGUGGGCAAUUGAAGUUCCUCCACUUAGCGCAAUUGAUAACGAUUACGCACUUGUCCUAAAGUCUGAAAGCAAACAUUAUGCUAUUGCCGUCGAUUUAGGCCGCGAUUAUGCCUUCAAUAAGGAUGAAUUUGUAGUGCAAUAUGAGGUUAAAUUCACCGAGGGUCAGACAUGCGGUGGUGCUUAUGUCAAGCUUCUUUCUGCUUCUCCUGACCUUGAUCUGAAAAAUUUUCAUGAUAAGACACCAUACACCAUCAUGUUCGGUCCAGACAAGUGUGGUCUAGAUCACAAACUCCAUUUCAUUUUCCGUCAUAAAAAUCCCAAAACCGGUGAAUUCGAAGAAAAACACAUGCAAAAGGUCUCUGAAAGAUUGGAUGACUAUUUCACAGACAAAAAAACUCACUUGUAUACCCUGGUUACACGAACCGAUAACUCUUUUGAGAUAUACGUCGAUCGAUUUAUCGUUAAACACGGAAAUCUUCUCACAGAUUUUGUACCUGCUGUUAACCCACCAACUGAAAUUGAUGACCCUGAGGAUAAGAAACCUGAUGACUGGGAUGAACGGGAGAGAAUUCCGAAUCUGGAGGCCAAAAAGCCCGAUGAUUGGGACGAAUCUGCUCCUCAAUUUAUCACGGAUGAUGACGCAGUAAUGCCCUCUGGAUGGCUUUUAGAUACCCCAAAAUUCAUUCCCGAUCCUGAUGCUAAAAUGCCUGAAGAUUGGAAUGUGGAGACAGAUGGCGAUUGGGAAGCCCCGAUGAUUGAAAACCCCGAGUGCAAGUCCGCCCCGGGUUGUGGACCUUGGGAAAAGCCCACUAAACUCAAUCCGAACUUUAAGGGCAAGUGGUCUCCACCUAUGAUUACAAAUCCUAACUAUAAAGGGGUCUGGAAACCCAGGAAAAUACCAAAUCCUGACUUUUUUGAAGAUACCCAUCCUUACAAAAUGACACCAAUUCGUGCUCUUGGCUUGGAGCUCUGGUCCAUUUCAACAGGUGUUGUAUUUGACAACUUUUUCGUUGGCACUUCCAAGAAGGCUGCCUUCGAAUUCGCUGAGGAAACCUGGGUUAUCAAGGAGAAGGCUGAACGCGAAGCUAUGCCCCGUGGAGCCAGUGUUUUGGACGGAAUUCGUGAAUUAUUCAGCCAAUAUCCUUACUACGCAGGUGGAGCUGUUGUUGGUGUUAUUUUAGUUGUUGCUCUUCUACUUUUCUGUUGCUGCCGACCAUCACUACGUGACGAUGCUCAGUACAAGAAGAGUGAUGAACCACAGCCUGAUUCUGAAGAAAAGGAGGAUAGUGCUGGUGAGGAAGAAGAUGAUAUUGUGGAAUCUGAUAAAGAAGAAAAGCCUGACGGUACGGCUACUCGCCAAAGGAUUCGCAAGGAGUAA